AUGAAUAAUAAAAUUAAUUGGCCACCUGUCAACAUAGUAGGCACUGUGGAUUUGGUUGAUCCUGCACCAUUAACCACCUCAUGGAUAUAUUAUGCCGUUGGCUGUGAUUUAAUGGAGCUUUUAAAACUUCAUAUUGGAAGAGGUGGUACAUUGCCAUAUACAGAAGAUGGUAUAUGAAAAUAAAUACAUUCAUUUUUAAUUAUAUUGAGGGUGUGG